CACGAAGGCAGUAGUUUAACGCCGUGGUUAUAUAUAUAUAAGGUGUCAGCGGGAGGUUGAAAGCAGUGUGGUGCUGAGGGCCAGAUUAACAGUACGACUCCCUACACCUGCAUCUGUUUCUCGACCCUUUGGUACAGCAGCCUAACAUGUCGGACGACGACGGCUUCGACCAUUUCUUAACAAAGUUGGGAUUCGGACGAUGGCAGAUAAUCACCCUAGCUACUACCUUUAUGAUCGUGAUGGUCCUGCCUGUUCACCUAAUCGGAUCGCCUUUAGUCAGUGCUCCAGUGGCUUUCCGCUGCUUCACUGAUGCUCAGUCGUCUGACGGCGCGCCACACUCGCUUCCUUAUAGAGAAGGCAACGACUCGUCCAACAGCAGCCAAGUCUACUACAACAGUCAGUGUCUUGAGCCUCACAACCUGUCUGUCACUCUGGAAGCCUCAGACAUCCCGCGUGGCUCAGCCCGUCACAAGACCAGCAUGUCUUCAUGUCCCAUCAUUGAAUAUGACACUUCCGUCUUCUCCUCCACAGUUGUAUCUGAGUAUGAUCUAGUGUGCGAGGAUCUGCCACUUCAGCCUUUCUACCAGAUGAUGUUCAACGUUGGAGGGAUACUUGGAAGUUUCAUUGGUGGGCACAUUGGAGACAGGUGGGGCCGCAGAAAAGCCGUGCAAAUUGGCUGUAUAGCUAAUAUCCUGUCAGUGCUGGGUACCGCAUUAGUACCAGUCUAUCCCUUCAUAUUAGUAAUGCGGAUCAUCACAGGCUGCGCAUGCGUAGGUACUCUUAUACCUGCCUGGAACUUGGUUCUGGAGUCGACGCCAUCGAAGCGACGAAGCCUGGUUGGAAUGCUGUCCGGGUUGCCAUAUUCUGUUUGUGUGGGGGCUUUCGCAGGCGUGGCUUACUGCAUCAGGACAUGGCGCUAUCUGCUGCUCGUCUGCUCUUCUCCAGUUCUUAUCCUCAUUCCAUUGUCAUUCAUUGUGGACGAGUCGCCCCGGUGGUUGGUCCAACAGGGCAGGGCCGAGGAAGCCACUACAGUUCUGCAAAAAGCUGUUCGUCUGAACAAUGUGAAGCUUUCAGAAAACGUUUAUUCCAUAGUGAAUAAUAUAAUUGAGGCCAGCAAGAGAAAAAAUCGAGUUGAAAGCGAAGCACCUACGUCAUCUGGCCUGGUGGAGGUUUUUCGUCAGCUGUCUCUGUAUGUCCGUAGCCCGAGCAUGAGGACCAUCCUGCUAGCGACCUCCCUGCUCUGGUUCCUUCAGAGCGGCCUCUACCUGGGUGUCGCCAUCAAUGCCAACAACUUUACCAGCACCGACCCUUUCCUGUACGUGGCGCUCACGGGGUUGAUGGACGGGAUUGCAAUACUAGUGACCACCCCAGUCACACCCUACCUUGGCCGACGCACCAUAGUGGGCCUGGGGCUCUUUGGUGGAGGCGUAUUACUUUUCCUGGAUCUUUUAGUAUCAACUGAUUAUUAUUGGGCCAAGUGGAUCCUUGUAAUGGCAGGUUUUCUGAUGGUGGCAGGAGCAUUCCAAGUGAACUUUGUGUUCGCUCCGGAGCUGUUUCCCACAGAAGCCCGGACACGAGGCUUUGCUUUUGUCAACAUGAUGGGCAGCAUUGGAUUCAUGUUUGCUCCCCUCGUUACCACCAUGGUUGCUCGGUACGCGUGGUGGGCGGCGGGGGUGACCUUCGGGUGUUCUGGCAUCGUGGGCAGCUUCAUGGUCAUCUUCCUCCCAGAGACCAACAACCAGCCGCUUCCUGAAACACUGCAAGACGUGGAAGACAGAGCCCGAAGGUCGAGACAACGAGGCGUGGCAAACAAAGCUUUUGAAAAUGGAGAAACUGUGAUAUAAAAAAAAUGGAAUAAAUCACAGAAUGAGGUGUUAUACAUCAUGAUUAUUUCAGUGUUAGGUACAAACAGCAUAAUAUUUUAUGAUGGUGGUCAAGAGCAGUGAUGGUGUAAUACGGCAAAUAUUUGGUUAUACUUUAGGAACUCCGUAAACUAGAUCUUAGCCUCCUGGUAUAAAGACAAUAGUAUACCAUACGACUCAUUCAUACACAUUCAUACGCACACACGGAUACACCAGAGUCGGGCACAACCUUGACAGCUGACUUCAACCUGAGUAAUGUUACCUUCGCAGAUGACCUCAAUGUGGAGGACGUUACCACCAUAGCUGGCCUCAACCUGGAGGACGGAAACGAGAAACGAGUAACACUUAGUGGGUCAGCCAGAGGCUUAGGGCCAGCGCAGGAAUAUCCCUUAAAAAAUAAAAUGUUCACUGCAUCUAUCUUACUUUACUGCAUCCAUCUGACUGAUCACUGCACCCAUCUGACUGUUCACUGCAUUCAUCUGACUGUUCACUGCAUUCAUCUGACUGUUUACUGCAUCCAUCUUACUUUACUGCAUCCAUCUUACUCUUCACUGCACCCAUCUGACUGUUCACUGCACCCAUCUGACUGUUCACUGCACCCAUCUGACUGUUCACUGCACCCAUCUGACUGAUCACUGCACCCAUCUGACUGAUCACUGCACCCAUCUGACUGUUCACUGCACCCAUCUGACUGAUCACUGCACCCAUCUGACUGAUCACUGCACCCAUCUGACUGUUCACUGCACCCAUCUGACUGAUCACUGCACCCAUCUGACUGUUCACUGCACCCAUCUGACUGUUCACUGCACCCAUCUGACUCCUCACUGCAUUCAUCUGACUGUUCACUGCAUUCAUCUGACUGUUUACUGCAUCCAUCUUACUUUACUGCAUCCAUCUUACUCUUCACUGCAUCCAUCUGACUGUUCACUGCAUCCAUCUGACUCCUCACUGCAUCCAUCUGACUGGGGAGCGUCAUACUGCUUCCUAAUCUCAACAUACAAACAAUUCCAAAGCCUAGUACACAAUGUUAAACAGCAUAUCAGCUCUCCAAAAGGAAACGAGUCAGGAUAGAAAAGGUCAAACUACUACUUCAAUUAUUAUAAACACCCGUUACUAACACAAUGAUAUUACCCAUUUGAAAAUACGUUCAUAAGAAAAGUUGUAAAAUUCCUCUAGAGCCAUAUUAGAACAAAACAAAUACUGCAAAACACACAUUCACCUCUGCCGGAAGUUGCAUAUUUCAUUACCUAUGCAACUUGGAGAUCAAAGUUAAACUCUUUGAAGGGAUCAGAAGCACAGGAUUUUAAUAUAAAAAUGUCAAACAUAAUUACUCUAAAAUUUGCCUUCAGGUGAAUGUAAAAUUCCAAAGUAUAUUAUAAUAAAAGCCCUAGAAAUA